GGAUUGGCCAGGACACCUGGGUUCACUCUUUCCUGGCGGGAGCCCCGCUCCCUUGACCCCAGCAGGUACCUGCUGGAGAAUCACUGGUACCAGCAGUGGAAGGAGUACGUGGAAUCGGGUGACCAGAACUCCAGCUCCUUCCCGGGACACAUCAACAACUCAGAGCUCUUCGAAGACCUGGAGUCGUUCCGGCUGAAGGAGCGGCUGGUGGAGUCCGAGGAGUAUGUGCUGGUGCCCGAGGACGUGUGGAACAAACUGGUGAGCUGGUACGGGCUGGAGCACGACCAGCCGCCCAUCGAACGCAAGGUGGUGGAGCUGCCCAGCACACAGAAGGUGGAGGUGUACCCGGUGGAGCUGUAUCUCUGCCAGCACAACGACAUGGACAGCCCCGUCACCGCCCAGUUCAGCCGUGUGGACACCAUCGACGCGGUGCUCCAGGAAGCCCGGCGCCAGUUUGAGGUGCCCCCUGAGGACGAGACCCGGGUCUGGGUGAAGAACUCAGACGGAUCCUGCGAGCGGCUCCGGAACAUCCACAUGACAGUGCUGGACGCCUGCCUCAGCACGGGGCAGGUGGUGAUAAUGGAGACGCGAAACAAGGACGGAACCUGGCCCAGCUCUCGACCCCACGUCAUGAGGAACUCCGUGGAGGACGAGGAGCUGUACAGGGGGCAGCCGGGGGUCUGCGGCCUGACGAACCUGGGCAACACCUGCUUCAUGAACUCCGCCUUCCAGUGUCUCAGCAAUGUGCCCCCCCUCACGGAGUAUUUCCUCAACAACCACUACCUGGGGGAGCUCAACUUCAGCAACCCGCUGGGCAUGAAGGGUGAGAUCGCCGAGGCCUACGCCGACCUGGUGAAGCAGGCCUGGUCCGGCCACCACCGCGCCAUCGUGCCGCGCAUGUUCAAGACCAAGGUGGGGCACUUUGCCUCACAGUUCCUGGGCUACCAGCAGCACGACGCGCAGGAGUUGCUGUCCUUCCUGCUGGAUGGGCUGCACGAGGACCUCAACCGCGUCAAGCGCAAGGAAUACGUGGAGCUGCGGGACGCAGCCGGCCGGCCCGACGAGGAGGUAGCGGAGGAGGCCUGGCGGAACCACAAGCGCCGGAACGACUCCAUCAUCGUGGAUAUCUUCCACGGCCUCUUCAAAUCCACCCUGGUGUGCCCGGCCUGCGGCAAGGUGUCUGUCACCUUCGACCCCUUCUGCUACCUCAGCGUGCCCCUGCCCGUCAGCCAGGAGCGCGCCAUGGAGCUGUUCUUCGUCUACAUGGACCCCAGCCGCAAGCCCCAGCAG